AUGAAGCUAUCAAGUGUACUUUUAUUUGCCGUGACGGCGUCUACUGGUGUUUCACACGCUGCUUCGUUACAAGCACGUGACAUGGAUAUGGAUAUGGACAUGGACAUGAUGCGUGAUGAAACUUCUGAGCACAAUGAAGUUGAACAUGACUCUUCUCCAGCUUCCACGGAGGUAUCGCAUCUUGAACCGGUCCCCCACGAACCCAAACAUUUGCAUGGACAACCAAUACUUGAAACGCAUCUAACUGCAGCUGAAAGACUGUACUGGGAAAACUACAACACUACUACUUUCUUUACCACGGACAAAGGUAACAGAAGCGCUUUCUGGGCCCACGUUUUCACACUAGUAACAGCUUCCGUUUUCUUAUACCCAAUCUGUUUGGCAUUGAAUAAUAUUGAAUCAGGGUGGUAUAUCCCGGUUCUCUCCCUUUAUAAUGUAACGAUACUCGUCUCUUUGUUAUGUCUCUCAAUUUUCGAUGCAUCUUUCCCAGAAUCCUGGUACGCUCACAACAUAUAUCGUCCAAUGUCCUACAUUUUGCUCAUUGUGACCUUAGUACACUUCGUAAGUGCGAUAAUCGUUAAGACUAGUAAGUGGAUUUCAUUACGUGGUUAUGACCGUGAAUUAGGAUUCGAAUUGAACGAUCUUACUGAUGAAGGAAGAUUUACUCCAUUGCAGGCUUCUGAAGAUGGAGCAUCAUCUAUUCAUGGAAAGGAAGAAACCUCUAGAUUUGGUGGGCCUUUGGGUGACAAGAGAGCUUCAUACGACCCUAGAGAUUCUGUCGGUUCUCCAACUACAACUCUUUAUGAUCCUCAUAAUCCACACGACGAUUUAAGAGCCAGUAGAUAUAGGAAUGAUUCUAACUCGUUUGAAUUAGACGGAGAGGACUUGGCUAAAAAUUUCGAUCUAGAAGACAGACUUUUGGAUGGCGAAGGUUUCCAACUAAAACAUCAAAGUAAAACAUCCAUUAAGAGAGAUACUUACUUGGCAAAACUAUUCAGCUCGCCAAUUUUGCAAUCGAUUGCAGUCAAAUUCUCAGCAUUCUUCCUAUUUAUUUUCAAGUGCCUCAACUACCCAAUGAUGAUGUAUUUCUUCGUAUAUUUGAGCACUGGCCUAGCUGUCGGUAAUUUGUUGGGUAAAGAAAAGAGAAUUUUCAACUUGUUGGCUCAUUGGAUUAAAGGUGGUGUGUUCAUCUCUUUGGGUGUUGUCUCUUUGGCUCGUUACUGUGGCUUCGGUGCUAAGAGAGGUUUCGCAUGGAAUAAAAUUGUGAUCUUUAAGAACCAAGUUGAUUCAAACUCUCUAUGGUUCAAGCUAGUUCCUCGCGGAGGUAUUACAAUGGAAUUCUUUGAAUCAUCGUUAAUUGCCUUUUAUGGAUGUACAAAUGUCUUCUUGGAACAUUUGGCCAAUCCAGGUGGAAAAUGGGAAGCAAAGGAUUUGCAGCACGUUUCGAUUGCGUUUAUGUACAUCGGUUGCGGUUUCUGUGGUAUCUUGGCAGAAAUCAAAUUAAGUGAGUGGAGGUACAAUCAUGUUUUAAAGCAUACUAAUAUUGAGCCAGGUGUUAUUCAUUCAGGAUAUCCAGGUUAUUCCCCAAACCCUUUCCCUGCAUUUACGAUUUUCUGGACCGGUAUUUUAAUGUCUCAGCAUGCACAAGCUUCGGCUACGUCUACAACAAUCCACGUACAAUGGGGUAGUCUUCUAUCCUACGGUUCUUUCUUUAGAAUUUUCACUUUCAUCCUAUUGAUGUUGGUUCCAAAUCAGAACCUGGACCCAUCUAGACCAUUUACGGAGCUUAUUACCUCAUUCUGUAUGUUAUGUGGUGGUUUGGUCUUCAUGGAAUCCACUGAUCAAGUAGUUGAGGCUAUGGAAUACAGGGGUUUCACACCUAUGUUCACUUUCAAUUUGAGUGUUGGGUUUGUAGCUAUUUUCAUGGCUCUAGAAAUGGCUCUUUUCAUGUGGAAAGACUGGUUGAAGGCUCGUAUGGAUAACAGGUGA